AUGUCAUGGCAGGCUUGUGCGUGCAGCGGCGACACUACAUGUGCACUGUUGCAGCCGCACCAAGUACUUGUUUCUCACGAAGACGCAACUACACACUGUAUUAAGCAUUUGGAUUUAAUUCGCGUCAGCUUAAAGCUACAGCAGUCAGCUAUAUUUGUGCUGGAGUGCGUAAUCGACCGCCGCCAGGCGUUUGAUCCUGGCAGUGCCAAAGUUUAUCUCUGUAGCGGACGCAUCCAGCUGCAUUCAUGGGUUUUAGAUGUAUGCAGUCAAGAGGAAGACACGAUUGUAACGCUAGAGAAAGCUCCCCUAGCACCUCUGGUGUCUAUUUGGCUGAGUUUCAAGACUAAGUUUCCUCUUGUCGCGACAUUUGACAGCAGCAGCGUUCGCCUGGAGUCGAAAUAUUCGAGCGUCGAUUUGAUGUUUGGAAGCGCUCUGAACAAAACUAAUCUGGAAGAAGUGGUUCGACGUCAGCUAUGCGCCUCAGGAACAAUACUAGCAGCGGAAGUAGGACAACUCGUACCUGUGACACUGUUUGGUGAGACGUAUGUUUUCAAAGUUGAUAAUGUAAAAUAUAAAGCAGCAAGUGAGGAGCAAAUUCGUGUGGUUGUGUCUGGGUGGAGCAAUUGCACAAAUUUACAAGGACCAGCCGAUCUAACAGAACAGCUCACCAUGCUAAGCAUUAAGGAGAAAGUUGAUACAGAUGCCGCUUUGUCGUAUGUCAAUAAGCUAGAAACUCGAUUGUGGCAUACUGGCUUCGUAGGAUACAGUUCAUUUGUGCAAGACGUGCUUUUGUGUAUAGUCCUUAUGCUAAAACACGGACAGAAAGGUCAUGUAAACGAUAUGAAGAUUGAUCAUGUAGGGUCACAAGGAGUGCUUCUUUCGGGUGUAAAUGGCGUGGGAAAGUCACUUGCGCUUAUCGCUUUGCACGGUGAGCUAGACCGCAAGAAAAUUCGAACGUGGUGCGUUGACGGGAUGUCGCUGCUUAUGGGAGCUGCAAAUUCAGCGUUUUCCUCGGCUUUUGAAUACUUAGUGUACAAUCUAGAACAGCAUUUUCCUGGUUUAGAUUUCUCCGGUGAUCGUGCGACCGUGUCCAGUACAUGUCCAGGAGUGGUACUUAUUGAUGAUUUAGACGUGCUUUUUCAGUCGGUGGACGAACAGGUCACCGGUAGCUUAAAAUCUCAGCUUUCGCAAGUUGGCUUUGCACUGCUGCGUUUGAUGGAUGAGUGUAGCUUGAGCAAUAGACAUUUGGUUUUUGUUGGAGUAACUACGAGCGCUGAGCUGAAGAUACCUGCCUCUGCCAAGCGGAUUGGACGUUUUGAGAAGGUGUUCGAUCUGGUCGUUCCUACACAAUCAUCUCGCCGUGAGAUUAUAAGACGAAAUCUUGUUGGGCUUCCCAUACAUCCUCAAGAUAUUUGUGCGACUGACGAAUCAGAUUUUCAUUUGGCCUCGCGUCUAGCUUUGUUGACGGGAGGCUUCGUAGCGAAAGAUCUAGUGCGCAUUUGCCGGAAUGCGGUCGCGCAAGCUUACGCUGAUUUAUCAAACGAUGGAGUAUCACUAAAGCCUUCAAUAUCUUGGUCUUACCUUUUGCAGGCCCAGCAAAAGUUUGCUGACUUUAUUUCCUGGAAAUUUCACCCGACUGCAGCAAUGAGUCGUUUAGGGAUUUCAAACGCGUCAGGAAUAUUGCUUUCAGGCCCAUCAGGCUGUGGUAAGACAUUGCUUGUAAAGACUAUGGCUGCUCAAGCUCAGGUCAACUUUGUCUCUGUCAAGUCAUCGGAGUUGCUAUCCAAGUAUUUAGGAGACAGUGAAAAUGCAGUGCGUCAGCUCUUUGCCCGAGCGCGUGCAGCCGCCCCCUGUCUCUUAUUUUUUGACGAGUUUGAUUCAAUUGCCUACAAGCGUUCAUUUGGUAAAGGCGACGAUGGAAGCAGCGGCGGUGGAGUCUACGCACGAGUACUCUCCACAAUUUUGAACGAAAUGGACGGUGUGGGCUCACACCGUGUAGCCACCCCCCCUGUCUCGCUGAACAAAAAUGCCUUCAAUUUAAACGCGAACGGCGAGGGAAUCCUUGUUGUUGCUGCAUCAAAUCGAAAGGAUUCUUUAGAUGCUGCUCUCGUUCGUCCAGGCCGUAUCGACAAGAGUCUAGAGUUAAGUUAUCCAUCACGACAAGAUAUUCAGGAAAUUUUUGCUCUAUACACAUCUAAGAUGCCGCUAGCCGCUGACGUUGACCUUCAAGCACUUACAGCACGACCCAGAGGAUGUCGCAUGCUAACAGGAGCUGACAUUGCGGCAAUUUGCAAGGAGGCUGCUUUCCGCGCACUUCGUGAAGACGUCGAAGCGAAGCUAAUUCAUUUGUGCCAUUUUAAUGCUGCAUGGGAUCAGCGCGCAGAAAUAUCCCCGACUUUGACGACCCAUCUGAAGCCAAAAUAG